CCUUCGUAGUAUUUGACAACAUUCCCGCGAUAUGAAUGGAAGUGGUGUUGAUCUGUAAAUUGUUUUAAUCUAAACAACAUAAACAAGAUUUUUAGCUGAGUUUGAGACAAGAUAUAAGCUUUCUAUUGGACCCGUUUUGUGAUUUCUACUCAUUGUCAGUUUUAACUCCAUCAGUGUUCAGGUCCACGUGUACGCGGAGUGGGAGUGCAGCAACAUAAACCAUGUCAGGAAACGGCACCGUAAAAGUCCACCCAGACGACAAAGAAGUGGAAAUAGAAGAAGACAGUGCAGUUAAACUGAAGAAAGAACUUCACUUACACAAUGGUGUCGCGAUUAUUGUGGGGGUUAUUGUUGGGAGCGGGAUUUUUAUUUCCCCCAAAGGAGUACUCCUGGAGUCGGGGAGUGUGGGGAUGUCCCUCAUCGUGUGGGUGCUGUGUGGGGUCAUCUCACUUAUAGGGGCCAUGUGUUAUGCCGAGUUAGGGACAAUGAUUCUAAAAUCGGGCGCAGACUAUGCCUACAUUAUGGAAUCUUUUGGACACUUUCCUGCUUUCUUGUAUCUGUGGGUCGCUAUCAUGAUUAUCAUUCCCACGGGAAAUGCCAUCACAGCACAAACUUUUGCGUAUUAUGUACUAGAACCUUUGUUCCCUGACUGUGAGGCACCUGGGGAAGCAGUCAGUCUAUUAGCAGCUGUCUGUAUAACACUUUUAACAUUUAUAAAUGCCUGGAAUGUAAAAAUGGCAGCCAGAGUGCAAGAUGUAUUCACUGUAACCAAAGUCCUAGCAUUAGUCAUUAUUAUCAUCGUUGGAAUGGUCUAUCUAGUCAUUGGUGACAGAGAGAGUUUUGAGGAACCAUUUGAAAGUACAGAAACAGAAUUAGGAAGGAUUGCCCUGUCAUUUUACUCUGGACUCUUCUCCUACGCAGGAUGGAAUUAUUUGAACUUUGUAACAGAAGAAUUGAAAAAUCCCUACAAAAAUCUACCUCGAGCCAUUGGUAUAUCAAUUCCAUUAGUGACUGUUAUUUACGUGCUGGCCAAUGUAGCUUACUUUGCCGUCCUAACUCCUGCUGAAAUGAUUGCUUCUAAAGCCACUGCAGUGACUUUUGCUGGUAGGACCCUUGGUGUGAUGGCGUGGAUUAUGCCAGUAUUUGUGGCUUGUUCUACCUUCGGCAGUGUAAAUGGGGCCAUAUUUACUUCGUCAAGGUUGUACUUUGUGGGAGCCAGACAGGGGCACCUGCCAGAAUUCCUAGCCACUCUCAAUAUCAACUUGUUCACACCACUUCCAUCCCUCUUGUUUGGGUGCCUUAUGUCCCUGGUGAUGUUAUGUAGCCGUGAUGUCCAGGUCCUGAUUAACUAUGCUGCCUUUGUGGAGACAUUGUUCAUUACAAUCAGUAUUGCUGGCCUUAUCUACAUGAGAUACAAAUUCCCCGACAGAGAUCGACCCAUCAAGGUGAAUAUUCUGCUGCCGGUCUUUUUCAUCUUCAUCUGCCUUUUCCUUCUCUUCAUGCCUCUAACGAUCGAUGCUAAUGAGGUGUUAUGGGGCAUUAUCAUGGUACUGACUGGUGUCCCUGUGUAUCUACUAGGCAUCACGUGGAAAAACAAACCCAGGGCUUUCACUAGAUUUAUUGAUUCAUUCACGGUGUUAUCCCAAAAGGUGUUAAUGACGGUCCGAACAGACAUGAAAGAGGACUGAGAUCAAACCGAGUCAGGAGGAGAGAGAGGACUGAAAUUCAUCUGAGCCUGUGUGAGAGUGAUUUCAGCGGUGGGGGGAACACCCUAUUAUAUCUGUCUCUAUUGUUCUGCUUUUAAUUUUACACGUCUGUUAUUUUUUGCCGGUAUUCAGUUCAUUUUAACUACAGUUCCACAGGCUUGAUAAUGUUUAUAUAGCCCUGUAUAUAAAUCUUGUGAAGUAGAAUCUACUUCCUAAUAUAUCACUGUAUAGAAGUACUGGUAACUUUUUUGAAUCACAGUAACAUCAUUCCAAGUCCACAUACCCUAUUUAUUGUAUUUAUUCUCAGAUGUCCACAUUCUAUGGCGUAUGACUAAUAAAUUUUUUUAUUGAUUAAUCAUACCAAAAUGUAGGCUGCCUUUUGUGUUCUUUUAAACUUUUUGUCUUUUAUACAUAUUGUUUAAAAUAUUCUGCAUGGAUCUGAGAAUUUUUUUUUUUUUAUGUAAACCUUCAUCCCUAUAGAACUGGUUUGCAUGUUUAUAUUGUUAUGCAAGUGAAGUUUAGGGGGAUUACAUGACCGAAAUCUGGAACUCUUUGAUAUCCAUGAACAAGACAAUAUAUUUAGGAACUGAGUCUAUCCCUAUUACCUCAGUGAACAUUUUAUCAAGCACUAUGUAUUUUCACAAAUACCAUGAUGACCGUUUAUUGUUAAAUGUUGAUAUACAUUUUGCCUUUCUGACUAUACUUUCUGAGAGUCAAUGUUUAUGUAACUAACUUGUUUUAGCAAUAUAUUUACUUGUUUUGCAAAGUUGAUCAUGUUAAUUAUUUAUACUAUUAUUUGAUACUUACCUAAUGAUAUUUGAAUACUUGAAGCAUGAAGAAGAAAUAUUACCUUACAAAUUUAUGACUCGGAUUUGAUAUUAAUCAGAGCUUGUACUAUCAUCAUACAAUAUCACUGUCUUGAAUGGAUUGUCAGAAGUGUGCAUCUCAAUUCUACAUGUAUGUAACUGUUGUUAAGGAUAUUUUGAUUUUAAAAUUAUAUAUGAACAUAUGUAUGUUUUUAUGGAGCUCAAGAAGAUGCAUGUUUGAGUGUGCUUGUGUUAAAAUAGGGAUUGUUAUACUUACAGGUCAAUGUAAGCAUUUCCAAUUAAUUAGUACAAUGUACAUGCAUGGUCAUAAGUUGUUAGGCAUUAUGGUCAUUUUCAUAUGUUCGAACCUCUAUAUUUGAAUUUACUCAGACAAAUUUGUACAGAAGAAGACCAUUUCAGCAGCAAAUUAGUAGCAUAAUCCAACAUUUAUUUUAAUAAUUUGAAUGUAGAAUUCUACUGUAGUUUUUUUACCCUUAACUUUUCUUCAAUCUGUGGACUUGUCAUUGAUUUCCAAAUUGAAAUAAGUGUUUUAUUUUAUUUAGUAUAUGAUUUGUACAGCUCUUUUUCCAAAUAUGUAUUGCAAUGCAGCAAUUUCAGAUUGGCUUUUUUACCUGUAAAUAUUUUUUGUUGGAGUUCAUAUGCAAUGCACAAUGCUCCUUUCUUACUGAUAGUUUUCUGAGGUAUUUUUAAUUUAAAACCACAAUACCAUCAGCUGAUUUUAAGACAAAAUAUAAGCAUACAGAUAUCGAAUGAAGGGAAUCUGUACUA